UAGAUAACAGGUUGUCAGUCACCUGAGAGAGCUGACUUAGUUUAUGUACUCUGACCUGAACUUGAUUUGGUAAAAAAACAACAACGAAAGGCAUCAGACAGCUGAAAGCUUUAGACCUAAAACCACACCCUCCGUUUCCUCGUGACCGUCAGCCCUCUCCAUCUAAAGAUGUUUUAUUUACAGCUGAGGAAAGCUUUCAUGUACUCUCCCAGCCUUUUGCUCAGUUCGAUUCUCUGAAACAGAUUUGCUGCUUAGCGGUCACCGCCACGCGGGUCGGGAUUGAUUUGUUGCCAUGGCUACGGCGCAAGGUGGCGACAUAAUUAGAGGAGACGGCGUUGAUUCCCAACAGCCUCCUCCUGAAGGCGUCGUUCAGCUUUGGGGGAAAAUAAAACUCCCGGUUACAAGGCGGUAAAAAUACUCGGGCGCCCUUGCAGCAGUGCUCUCCGGGAUAUUUUUGGUCCGCGUCCCGCCGUGUUUACUGGGCCGCCUCUGCUCGGGGCUGUCGCCUGGAGCGCGGAGGCAGCGGACGGACCGUCCCGGGAGCUCAGCGCAAACAUGGAGCAGGAAAACGGUGCAGGUGGAUAAGCAGGGCCGGGGGGAGGUCGUCACGGGGCUCGGGCGCAGCUAUGGGGGAGAAAACAGCGUCCAGCCCCGUCGCCGGUGUCGACUCCCCUGUGCUGCUGCUGGCUGGCCCCAGCGGGAUCUGGCCCGGUUCGGAUAGCACAAACACCCCGGGACGUUUGUCUGAACUUUUCACUUCUAAGACGGACUUUUAGUGGAUUUUUUUUAGUGAUUUGACUUUACAACACUUCGUCCAGGUUUACGGUUUUAUCUGAAUGCGCGUGGCGGAUGUGGAGUGCGUUUAUUAACGGUGCGGGGCUGCACGGUGGGGGCGGCGGGGGGGUUCCGUCCCAUGGAUGGGAGUUCCUUCCCCGGUCCAGGAUGGAGAAGACCGACAGGGGCAGGGGCAAGACCCGCAGCCCGCUGAGGAGGAUCUCAUCUCCACCCACUGUCUUCAGUCACAUCCAGGAGCCCAGAGGAGAGGGUGGAGCAGCAGGGGCCCAGAUAGAGGUCCUCAGGGGACAGAUGUGGCCAGGCUCCGAACCCCAGCAGCACCAGCAAUCCCGGCUUAAAAAAAAACUGGAAGAUCUGAAAAAGAGACACAUUCAGGACAAAGAGGAGUGGAUGCGGGAGAAGGAGUCCUUGUUGAGAGAAGUGGCCAACAUACAAGGCGGGGAGAACCGGAGAAUUCUGCUGGACCUGAAAACGGUUCUGGAGGAAGUGCAGUCUGAGGUGAAGAGAGAGGAGGAGAAGAGGAGCGAGCUGCAGCUGCAGUACACUAGAGACAGAUGUGCCUGGGAGCUGGAGAAGGCCGAGCUCAAGUGCAGGAUCGCUCAGCUGGAGGCUAGAGAAGCUACGGGCUUGGUGAGCGGAGGACUGAAAUCAGGAGCAGGUCUUGGAUCUGUGACGUCUCGGAGCCCCCAAGAAACCACCAGUGAGACGUUGACGCACCGCAGGGAGAGGGAAGAGCAGUGUAGGGUCCUGGCCGACACCCAUUCAGCAGCCAUGGACCUGCGCUGCCGUCUGGAGCACAGCGAGAGGGACUGGUUACGGGAGAAAGCCGAGCUGCUAGAGAGGUUUGAUGUGGAGAGAAGAGAGUGGGAGUGUCAGCUGAAGGACAUGCAGAGGAAAAUAGAAGAGCUGUGCUGUGAGGUGAGAGCCAACCGACGGGGAACCGGCCUGGACAGCAGGAAGCAGGAUGACGCCGUGGGCCACAGACUCAGCCUUCGCUCCACCAGCACAGGCUCCAGUCUGCUCAGCGACAACUCGCGCUCGGAGCUGCUCAGCAGCAGCGCUCAGUCAGAACCAACCAGAAACCCCCCUUCACCUGGAUGUGGACCCAGCAGGAACACGAGUGGUGACUCCUGCCUCCAAGCAGACAUUCUUGGAUUUAAUGUCGGUGUUCCAGUGAGGUGCUGUGGCCCUGAGACGGUGGACGACUUCAGAUCCAGAGAAAGCUGGCAGCAGGAAGCAGUCACUGAUAACAGGAAGGCUGUGGACCCAACACAGCUGGAGACCUUUUACCCUGGAACAUCUGGAUGUGGAGUACUGCAGGACGACUUCUCUAAAGGACGUGAGACAGGUGUCCAUGUCGGUCCUCAUGAAGGCUCGUUUUGGGGAGGACUGAGUUACGGCAGUGAGAAGAACACCACUGCUCUCAAUGCGGCUCUGAAGGAGAUCGCCCGUGUGAGUGAGGAGCUGUGUAGCUACCAGGAUGAGAUCAGAAAGAAGGGUGGAGAUCCGAGGAUUCGACCUGAUUUCCUGCACCCUGCAGGAGGAGGCCAUGACAGGAGCUGCCUAAAACCAGAUGAAGCUCCUUGUGACCUCGGCCAGAUUUACGACGACCUCCGGGCCUUGGAGAAUGAAAACUGGAUCACUUUGUCACCAGAUCAUACCUGGCAACCCAACAGAAGGUCGAGCACUUCCUGGACAGUAGAGCCAGCUAACCUGGUUAGCUACAGCAGCGUCGACGCAGCAGCACCACCCGUCCCUCCUCGCACCUCCUCCUGGAAUCUGAGCACUCCUACUUCAGAUGCAGAACUUCACAUCCCAGAAUCCCCCAUGGCUACGCUGAGGAAGUGCCACAGCCCCUGUGUUCUAGUGGACAGGAAGUGUAGCAGUCCCUCUGUUGUCAGGAAGUUUGAGGCCAUGCUGCAGGAGAAUGAGGGAAAGAUAUUUAAAGAUGGCAUUUUGGCAUCGUGCUCAGUGACGGCUAACUCCAACUGCAACGUGGGCUGCUGUCACAGCCGCUGGUCGUGUGAGGCCAGCAAAUUCACCCACAAUAAAUCGUCUGCAGUUGGGACGGUCCAGAAAAGCUUCUCUGAAGUCAACAUAUCGACCGCUCGGAAAGAUCUGGUUGUUGAGGAGGUACAAACGUCUGAGGAUGUUGAAGAAUUUCCUGUGGAGCUACUCCUCUCCGCGCUGGAAAAACCACCUGUCAGCCCCUCCCUCCAGGGCUCCAGGAGAAACCUGAUGCUGGAGCGGAAAACCGCUGAGUUCAACAGAGCUUUGUUCCAAGCCGAGAUGGGCCAGGGGGUAGACACGCAGGACCGUCUGACUGUAACAGAGACUGGCGCUGCAACGCUCCAGCCAGUCCUUACGUCAUCUCAGGACAUUUCAGCUCCUGAAGAGACAUCAUCUCAAGCCGUUUGUUCUGAUUUACAUCCCAAAGAGUCCGUAUGGCAUUCUGUCUCAACCUCUACUCCACAGAUUCCCAAUGAGCAGCCAGCUCUGGUCACACAUGCUGCUGAAGUCCAGGAUGUCAUACUAAACCCAGAACCACCCGAACAGUCGCAGGCAGGACUCGGGGAGGCUUUGUCUUCUCAGAGUCCUCAUCACCUUGUUGAGGUCGAGCACAUAGCUCCUUCCAGGAAGUUGCAACAGAGGUCAGCCACAGAUGCUCUUCUUUCAGAGUCUUUGGCUGUAAAGAGCCUGUCGGGUCAGCCUGCCGAGAUACACGGUCCCCGAGAAUCACCGCCUCAGACGGCCACAGUUGCUGCCUCACAGCUGCACUCCUAUGCUGAGACCAGAAGGAGCCAGGUGACCCACAUGUCCGGUUCUUCUCACCCUUCAGACUCCUCCAAACCUGCUCCUCGAAUGAUGAGCGAUCACCCCUGGAAGCCUCUCACUCUCGCUGCGUACCCGCGGCCCGAGGGAUCGCGGUCCAACUAUGGCGCUGUGGAGCGGAUUCUAAAAAACUACGAGACCGCAGCUCGGGCCCAACAGAACAAGAUGACUUCAAGUUGUAACUUCACCUGUGGAGCAGAGGAGACCACUACUGAAGAGGAGACGCUGGAUGUGGACCAUCUGCCUUUAAGUCCCUCUGUGAAGCUCAUGCAGAUGUCCCACCGCCCCCACAGCCUCCCCAGCAGCAGCAGCCCUGCUGGGGUGAAGGAGGUUCUCCUUAUAGUGCAGGAAGACGAAGAGCGCUCCAUCUCCUCCUCCUCCUCGGUCCAGAGGAGCUUCUCCAGGCCGGCCUGUCCAGCCAACCGUCGCCUCCCAUCCCGAUGGGCCAGCUGCUCACCCGCCUCCCCCUCCUCCUCCCCUCGCAGCACUCCCGUCGUGCCCGCAUCCUUCCCCCUGCAGAAACACGCCCCCUCCUUUUCUUACUCGCACAGCUUUCACAUGGAAACCAUCAUCAUGUGACCUCCACCGGAAGCCUUUACUGUUGUAUGAACCAAAUCCAGCCUGCACAACCUGCAGACUCAGAAGUGCUUCAGCUACGGAUGCAUCGGGACGGCCUUAUUCACCCCACCGGCUCCGCGCUGCAGCAUCGUCAGAUUAGAGCCUCUGAUGCAAAGCUGUCCUACGCUCAGGUCUGGAUUUCAGCUGUGACUAGUGUAGCCUUACAGAUCUACUAAUAACAGAUCCCUCACUACUCAGACACAGAUCGUGACAUCACCGAACUCUGAGAUAAAUGACUUCCUCUCAUGUUGGUGGUCUUCUGCAGGACAUGCCUGGACUGUACCUUCCCUGUGACUAAAACUGUGUUUAUUCAAGCAAAGUACUUGGUUCUGGUUAAGUUUCAUCAAUAGUUAGAGUUCUGUUUCCUGUUUUCUACAACGUUGUACCAAAGGCUGCUUUCUUAGGCCGUUUAUGGAAACACGUUUUCUGUCGGUGAGUCCCUAAAAACGCGAUUCACCAGAGCUUGUGUCACACUUUAAACGUAGGCAAGCAUUUUUUAAACUUUUAAUAUUUCUGAAUGUUCACAUAUCAGGAUGUUACUCGGCUAAGUAGUGCAGUUUUAGUGGCGCUAAAAGGUGGUGAAUCACAAUGCCUUUUCUGUUGUUUUCUAUAAUAAAUAUAAGGACUUACCAGG